AUGUUUCCAAGUAAAUUGUAUGAUUUAUAAUUGACACCCUCAUUGAACAAACUAAAUUGCGAUUUGGAGAGUGCCAAAUUAAUGGAAUCAUUCAGAAAACUCCUACUUGAGGAUGACAAAGAAAUUUUGACUCCAGCCUUGGACUUAAUGAAAGCCAUAUCACAUGCACUUUAUGGCACCAUCGUGUAUUGGAAAUCCUUAAGUGAUAAAUGCAAGGAUGAUGACCUUAACACUUUAAGUUAGCAAUUUCAAAGGAAAAUUGUGAUUUAUGAUAUGUGCGAGGAUAAAGAUCUGAGGUGUUAAAUCAUCAACUUUGGUUAUAAAAAACGCAUUUAUCUCGCUCGGUAUCUCAAUUACUUUUAUGUGGUUGGCAAGAAAGGCAGCGAGGAAAAGCAUAAAUUGAUCAAAGACAUACUGUUGGAUGUAAUUAAUGACAUUAUAGGUUUACCUAUAAGAAGACACAAGCGAUCAUAUUCAGAUCCUUUCAAAUACCUUUCUGAUUAAAAAGACAAUCGAAUCAAUAAGCUUAAUGUCAAGAAUGUACCUCUCUCUCCAUCCAAUAUAUCCAGAACAAGCUUACAGAUGCAACUCUUAGAUGAAAUCAAUCAAGACGGAGAUCUGCUCAUGUAGGAAUGCAAUUCAGUCAUCAACUCAUCCACUACUUAAAAUGAUCUUCUGCAAUCUUUGAAUCUGAAUUUAUAAGAAGGCACAAAUAUUCUCUCAAAUAUUAGAUAUUUUGGUACUCUUAAGUUUUAUGACGAAGCCAGAUCAUAUGGAUUCAUUAUUAUGGAUUAAGACGGAAGUGAUUUAUUCGUUCAUUGUGAUGAUCUAACUAAAGCAGGAAUGACAAAGGAUUUCUUAAGAACUGCAAAACAAGGUAAUAUCAUUAGAUUCUCAUUUUUGAUACUGGAAUAUUUUGGUAAAUACAAUAAGAGUAGAAAAGCGGUUGACUUGUAAUUUAUCCAGGGUUAACCCUAUUUCAUGUGA